AUGAGUGAUUAUACCAUGUCUGAAUCUAAAUACACCCUCAAGACUUCCGUGGGUGAUUUCACAGGAGCAGAGUUGAGGAACUCUGUUACUGGCGAACCCCAAACAUAUCUUUACAGUCAAAUUCCAUAUGCGGAAUCUUUUUCUGGAGAAAACAGAUGGGAAAAGCCUGUUCAACUCCCUAGUGAUCAUGAUUAUACGGGGGAUUACCUGUCAUUUGGCUUUCAGGCACCGCAGCCAAAAAUCGACAAUAAGGAACUUGAAUAUAUUAGUCCAGAUGUUCCUUCGAGUGAAGACAUAAAUUAUGUGAACAUUUGGGUUCCAUCUGGAACACCUCCACCUGGUGGAUAUCCUGUUUUCAUAUAUAUACAUGGUGGGUGGCUUCAGUAUGGAGACCCCAAUAAGUUUGAAAAUCCUCGUGAGCUUCACGGGAGUCAUGGAUUGAUGAAGUACAUUAUUGUCAACCCAGGAUACAGGUUGAAUGUAUUAGGUUUCUUCGCCAGUACGGAGCUUCAAAAGCUUAAUCCAGGGAAUACUAAUCUUGGAUUUUGGGAUCAACGUGCCGCAAUUGAAUGGGUAUAUCAAAAUAUUACAUACUUUGGUGGUAACCCUGAAAAAAUUACUGUUGGUGGACUUAGUGCAGGGAGUUAUUCUACCUUCUUCCAGUUGGCGUAUGAAUUGUACAACCCCAAAGUGUCCCAAAUCAUUAAGCAGGUGGUUCAUUUCUCGAACGCAUUGUUGGUACAACCAAAGGCGAUCAAAGAAGUGGAUGAGCAAUAUGAAGAAUUACUCACAUUAUUGGACAUCCCAUUAAGCUUAACUCCAGAAGAGAAACUUUCUCACUUAAGAAACGUUUCGGCGGAUAAAUUGAUGGAGGUACUCCCAACUAUGAAACAGCAUACUUUUAGGGCUGUUUCUGACAAUAUUUUCAUUGCAAAUACAUUACUUCUGGAUUUGAAAAGUGGGAAAUUUAGUAAACUUCUUUUACAGAAGAAAAAUUUCAAUAUAGUUAUUGGAGAGGUUGCAAAUGAGCCAUAUUUGUAUUCUGUAUUGGACACUCCUACGUCUCAAGAAGAAUUGAUCGUCCAGUUAGAAAACUAUUACCCUACUGCUGCAGUCAAGGAAAUGAUCAAGCUUUACCCUACAGUUCCUAAUUCUUUACCAGAAGUUGAAUAUCAUGAACAAUUGCGUCAACUUUUUGGAACAAUUGUUGCAGAUGGGCAAGUUUAUGCUUCAUCUAGAGGUUACGUUAAGAAUUUGGUAAAUAAUGGAUUCCCUAAAGAAAGAAUUUUUCGAUACAAGGUCUCAUAUAGACCAAAGUACUUAGACCAAUUAUUGGACCCAUAUCAUGGAGUUAUUCAUGGUAUGGAUCAAAAGGUUUGGUUCCUCGGUAUUGGGGCUACAGAAGAGGAAAAGCGUUUGAUUGAGACAUUUAUUUUCCCGUUCAAUGAAAUUUUGGGCUUUGCAGAUCCCAAAAAGAUCAAUUGGGGAACCUUGACAGAAAAGCAAUACCGGUCGAUUUCUCCAACCGGAGAAACAAGUGUAAUUAAGGAUGACGAUUGGCAAUGGGGUACUAGUGUGGCAGAAACGGUCAUUACCGCACAAUUACAUAGUAGUUAA